UAUAGACUGCUGAACCUUGUGAAAAUAUGUACUGGACGACGGGCAUAACACCCAGGGUAUUGACCCGGAGGGCGAAUAUACUAUUCAUCAUCGCUCACAUUGCAGCCCUUUUUGGCUCAUCCAACCAUGCAUUUAUUUCGUUAUAACUAUGCAGUAUAGGUACGCGUGAAGGGCAUUCUGAGCUUGAGCAAUUUUUUCGGUCUGGAGAAAAAAAAAAGUAAAAAGUAAAAAUAUUGUAAGUUCUUUUGCCCUUGACUGGUUGCUGUUGGUAUUUUAUGGUAUAGUUUAGUCGUGUGUCAGCAUGUUGCCAAGAAGCCCGCACUUCAUUUCGAUGAGCAUUUCCCGUGCUGUCAUUUCCAGUUUUCUGUUAUUGGCCGUGUCAUUUUAUUUCUACGCUCAUUACACGUCAAAUGCUGCUGUCAAUGGUGUCACAACUUCGUCCAUCUUCCACCCCGAAGAUCCUAGUUCACAGACAGCUCAAUCGAAUGGCCAUCCUGAUGGGCAAAUAGCCCAGCAACCGUGUCCGCAGGUUUCACCUAAACUUACUGGAUGGACAAAUUUGUCUUCGGAGGCGAUGGCCGCCAUCCUUCAAGAGGAUCAAAUGACAGUCGAAUCGAAGAUGGAAGCGGCCGGAUUGAAAAUGGGCGGAAGGUAUCAGCCGGAGAAUUGCCGUUCACCGCACAAAGUGGCCAUCGUCGUUCCGGUGCGCGACCGGAAAGAUCAUUUGACCGUUUUCCUGCGCUACAUGCAUCCGUUCCUCCAGCGGAAGCAACUCGAUUACAUCAUCAUCGUCGUCGAACAGUCUGACGGUUUGCCAUUCAACCGAGGGAUGUUGAUGAACGUUGGCUUCAAAGAAGCUCAGUUAUUAAAUGAAACAUUCGAUUGUUUUAUCUUACACGACGUUGACAUGCUGCCGGAACACGACGGCAAUCCUUACACCUGUCCGGAAGUCGGAAAGCCUCGCCAAAUGGCAUUUGCCCUGGAUUAUUUCAAGAAUUAUUCGUCGGUUGGCGAGGGCUUUUUCGGGGCCGUGACCGCCAUAUCGGCGGAUGAUUUCGGACGGAUCAACGGAUUGGCCAAUUCUUUCUGGGGUUGGGGCGGCGAGGAUGAAAACUUUUAUCACCGCGUCGUCUCGCAACAUCUGAAAGUCGUCAGGCCGUUUAACGGCCAGUCGUCCGUCCUCGUUCACUACAAGAUGCAGUCGCACAAAAGAGCUGUGCCCAGUCCCAACCGGCUCGACGUCAUGAAGGAAGGUUUCAAUCGUUUCAAAACAGACGGACUGGUUAAUCUUCGAUACAAGAUAAUCGAUUAUCAAUCAAAAUUACUUAACACUCACAUUCUUGUCGAUUUCCAACGUGAUAACGUCACCGUCGCAUCAUAAUUCUAGGCAAACGUAAUUUGCUUUUGUUCUGUUUUGUUAAAUUGUAUUAAUGUAAUCAAAAUAAAUAUUACCGGUGAUUUACAAUCAAAGAAAAUGUGAGACCAAAGUUUUCGUUUUGGAUAUGGGACGAGGUGUAACGCAGUUUGGACAAUUUUUGAGUUCCCACCUCGUCACGUUGUCAAAAGUUUAUCGUACCAUCUCCCUAAAAAACGGUAACUUUUUUUUCAGACCCCUUCCCUUUAUUAAAAAUAAAAUAAAUUUUUCACGCUUUGCCUUCCAUUUCCUCUUUUUUCAUUCCGUCCAAUUUCCUACCCCUCCCGUAAUUUUCAAUCGUUACAAAAAGUAGCUACUUCCCUUCCUCCUCUAAACGUGUGACGUCGUUUACAAGAAAAUACCAUACUAGUUGUAACGGAUAAAAGUACUAAAGAAUGGCUGUCCUGCCAUUGAAAGCCGAUUUUAUUAUUCUGCAUAUUCAUAUGCCGGUCAUGUAAUUUUGUAAUAGCGAACAGGAAAAGAAAAAAUAU